AGCAUGCGCAGUGAGCAUGCGCAGUGAGCUGCGGCCUACGUGCUCCAGAGCCAGGAAAAAGCCUGAGGAGCAGGAAACCAUGGAGUCAAAACACAUCAUACAGUCAAAGCAGACAUCAGAGGUCAUCGAAGGGAACCUGACGGAGGUCGUGUGCACAGCGUUCGGCGAUCACAUCUUCGUGAUGGUGACGCAGUUUGGGAAAAUGGGGACGUUGAUCUCACUGACCCCAACCCUGGUAGAGAAUGAGUUUGGCAAGGCAUUGUUUAGCACAAAGAUCCUCAUGGGAAAGGAAGAGCCUCUUAUGCAUGUCUACGCAAAGCACCUGGUGACCUUUGUGUCUGAGGAGUCCGGCAACAAGUCUGUGCUCCUCGCCCUGGCACUGAAAGACCCAACAUUAUCCAGCGUUAAAUCGAUGAAACAGCUGAUCCAGAGCUGCCGGCUAUGGUGAAGUCUCCAAAUGAAAACGCCGAUCUGCCACAUCUGGCACAACGGGAGGAUGAAGUCCAGUGUGUCAUGUGCUGGAGGACAGACAUUGUGUGUUUUCCAAUGCGAAUCUGGAUUUUGUUUAAGGACAAGUGGAAACUAAAGGCCAUCUCGUCUAUUCUCCAAUUCCAUUGUUGUCCUUACGUUCCUUGUAAAAUGCGUAAGCAGAGUUUUAUUCUGUGUCCAUGAUCCAGAACUGUAGCUAAAGUCAAGGCUGUGACAUCUGUGAACAACAUCCAGACACCGUCCUGUAAAUAUUCAGGAAGAUACAUGCAAGGGGAGGAGGGAAAGAAUUUGAAAAUAAUUAUGAAAUAUUUAUAAAGUAAAUUUCCAUCUAGAUCAUUGGUGCAUGUAAUUCCAUCUGAACUUCUUAAUGAUAUUUCACAUUGUUGUGAAAUAUGAGUUGUUUAAAUACUCGAUUAUUAAAGAUUAAAAGCAGUGUUUUCUACAGAAAGCUCGGAUUUUUCUGUGAUGAUAAUAUUAAUUCUUGCAUUUGAUAUAAUACCUUAUGUUUUCGAA